CCCUGCCUUAGGCAUCAUCGUAUGUCAGUUCAGCAGUCGACUCAUGUCAUGUACCAAGUGCCCCACAAUAUCUGCCGAAUCAUUUCGAGUGUCAUCAUAUAGAACUUUCCGUAAUGUUCCAACUCGUGAUUUAACAGUUAUACAAUUACAAGUUGCAUAAGAUGUGUUACAGUGUCUUAAUGAGAACGAAGCAACGAGAAAACCCCGUAACAUUGACUACAAACUUGUUCAACAUUUCUCUGUGCAUGGCUGAUUCCUGCCAGUCUAUUGAUACACCAGCAGCAGCAUCAUCCACCUAUUCACGCAAGAGCCAUCAACAACGCCCCAACAGCCUCCAGAGACUGACUCUUCCCUAAAACUCUUCAUCUCGUCUAUACGGAGUUUGGGGGAGAAUGAAUACAGCGGGGAUUGCUAUGAUCAACGGAAUAUAGGAGACAUCCUGCCUUCGUCUGGUUCUCUUGACUCUUGCAGUAAAUGUCAUUGACAUAGCGUCGAUUACAACAAGCAGAAAUCGAUAGCCUAUCGUCCACCUUAUGAAUAUGGGGCCAUCAUCAAGAAAGAAAAUGAGAAACACGAAUUGUUUUGAAAAGAAAAAGGCAACAAAUGAUUUGGCCAUAUAUUUUCAACCAGCUUUUACUCAUCAGUCUUUGAUGAACAGCUGUGAGUGCACCGCGAAGAACCGCCUCAGCUUGAGGGUAUAAGGUCAAAGUGCAACUUUAUUGUACGAUCUGACGACAAAAGAAAAUAAACAUGGCAAUGCAUCUCUAUUUGACGAAGAAAAAAACGACUGAAUAAUUGACUAGCUGCUACUGGCAACGUACAAACUUCGUCCUACUUUCAAUUCCGGUAUUGAAUGCUUGCGUUUCUUUCAUUGCUCGCUGCUGGCAAUGAGUGCGAUGCCGAGAGCAAUCAUCGAUCUGUCAUCGUUUCCAUUUGUCGGCCAUUCAACAGCCAAAAGCAAACGGCAACACAAAAGCAAAGGAGAAGAGAGGCUUUUUUUUUCCAUUAAAAAAAGGAAAGAAAGAAAAAAAGGGAAAACGAAGAGAUUCGUUGUUGUUGACGACGAUCGUGCAGAACGUAUACUAUACACACACAAGCUAAUGAAACGGAGUGAAAGAAGAGAAGCGCACCAUACACGAAGGGUGGAAGAAAGUGGAGAAGUCUUCAUCAUUGAGAAUGGACAUGUUGAAAAAGAGCGAAAAAGAGGGACGCUUUUAAUCAGGACAGCCAUCCAUCCCCUCUCCCCAAUCAUCGUGAUGAUGGGCUUUUCGUUCAAUGCACAGCGAUGCGAACAAGGAGAUCAAAAGGCAAUAUAUGUGAACGAGAGAGUAUUUACUGUGUUUAUAGACGUACAGUAGACGCGAAAUGUAUAGGCGACACACAACAACUCGACAACAAGAGAUUGAGGAUGAAGUGGAAAAAAGAAAGUCAGAGCCCACACGUGAUCUCCAGCACACAGUAAAAACAGGCAAAGAGAGAGAGAGAGGCAAUCGGGCUGAAAAGACACUUGAGAUUUUACGUCGUUCUAUAUAUGCACGUUCAAUCUCGUUCUUCCUAUAUCAAUGGCAAGUAUUUUAGACCGAUUGCUCAAACUCGCCUUUAUCAGCAGCGCAUCGUGGAUAUGUACGCUGGUGCGGUACACGUAUACUGUAUAUAGUAUAUCUACCUAUACAUACAGCAGCACUCUAUUUAAGUGAUUGCCUCUCUUCCCUCUCUUUUUUCUUUUGUUGUAGAUCGACGUACACUGUCUGCAUGGUUGGUAUAUUAGUCUCUCUCUCUCUCUACCCCUCCAAGGUAUACACCUUUUGAUUUUUUCUUUCGGUUCUAACCUGUUCCCUUUUCUUAUUCUUUAUUCUUGGAUAUAUUUCUGUUGUGUGUUCUUCUUUUUUUUUCCGCAUCUUCAAAUGACUUUGGUUGAUAUCUUUAUAACCUGAAAAGUGCACACGACUCUGCGCACACACACACAAAAAAAAAAAGGGCAGCAAAUCUUUUUCGCAUUUAUUCUGAAUGGAUUGCUAUCCAUGUUAUGUAAAACCGACUACACAGCCCGAUGUUCUUGGAAAAACCCUCUUCUCUCUUUUUUUAGUUGUAAGAAAAUCAUUUUUCUUUGUUGCCUUUUGUAAAAAAAAAAUCAAAAACGCGGGCUGGGAAUCAAUCGACCAACUUGUGUUGUGCAAUGCUGCGACAUGGCACCGUCAAAGACCGAACGCAUUUCUAUCCGCUGCCAUCGUUGAAAAUCUAUUCAGUGAAUCCAUCGAAUCAUCUUUUUCCCGUUUCUCUCCAAUGGCCGACGAUGUCGUGUUCGUCUACAACGAAAGAAGAAGCGACAAAGAGAGAUGCAGCAAAAGAAGUUCUUAAUCAAAAAGCCAUCGAUCCUAAUGUGAGCUGCUUCACUGUCGACUGGCUGAUGUUGGUAUCUAUACAAGGCUAUAUAUCGAAUCGAUCGUUCUCUUCUUGUUCGUUGGCAGCGGCUACCGACUGGCCACAGCUCAUCCAUUCCAAUCAGCGCUGACGAACAGAAAAGAAAAAAAAGCAACGAAAAAAAAAAAAAAUAAGGAUCACAUGAUCACAAGAUGUCUGUACAUUGUGCGCCAUUCCACCAAAGGUAUACUGUAAGUCUAAAGGUUGUGGUAUAUAUGAGUUUAUAACAUGUAGGUUUCGAUAGGCCUUUGGUAAAAGGCAUCGUCCAAUUGAUCGACGAGAACCUCUUGGUAAGUAUAAGAUAUUGUUUCGAUUGUGUCAUCCUAUCUCUAACUGGAUAUAGGCCGUCCUAUUAAAAUUGGACUGAAUGCCCUUUAUUAUAUUUCGGUAAGUUGCAAUCGAUUGAUGGCUGCUCCGUCUAAGGCUAAACUCGACCCGAGAGCUAAUUGGCCUGCGUUAAACGAUCCGUCAAAGAGUCUUCGAGUAAAACUGCAUCGUUUUGGGGUUGAUUGUCGGCGUCUGUUUGCGCGCAUCUGAAGAGCGACGAAGUAAAUCGGAGUCUAUCAAGCCAUCGAUAUAACCGAGCGCAGAAUAGACAUUGUGUAACGACAAUAGUGCGCAGCGGCAGUGAACGUACUCGUCACUUUGCUCGAUGAUCCGCGAAAGAAGAGCCGAUGAUUUGGAGAAUCUGGAGAAUUCCGUCCGCAAGAUCGACAUCAGUUUGUUGUUGUUUGGCAUCUAGUUCAGGAUUUCAGAGACGAACCAGCAGCCACUGCAAGAGGGUAGACAACAGCGCCCAAACGGAAGAAAUAAUCAAAAGAAAAAGGAGAGAAAGAGAGAAGGAGGGUUUGGCUUUGCUUGUUGGACCAAUGCCGAUUGAGAUGGGGGCGACGCCAAGUGGCCCGAUUGGUUGAAAGAAUCUGUUCCGGUUGCGGCAUCAUCGUGCACGAUAUUGACUAGAUAUACUAUAGCACACAUAUCCUUCUCGUUCUGAGCAUCGUCUAUAUCGGUGCUGGCGCGCACACAACACACACAAGCGAUCGUGAACUAAAAAGCCCCCCCCUCCCAAAAAAAACAACCGCUGUGAACGCGAUCUGCGCAGUUUUGUCUAGCGGCUGCUCUUGUCCCAUCUGCUAGUAAGGUGUGUGUGUGUGUGGCUAUGUGCAAGGAGGCAAUCAACUCACCUCCUCCCCUUUUCCGGUGGCUCGAAAAGUGCAGCUGAAAUUGCUAUCCAAUAGAGUGGUUCUUCUUUUUGCGUCCCCACCCAUCCAAGUGGGCGCUCGUAUCAUCGAAACUUGUCCAUCCACCUCCAUUGCUUAUUAUAUAGUCGUCGAUCGUCGUCGUCUCUGGCCGAUCUUCUUCUUCCUUUUGUUGUUGGUACUUUGGGGUCGCUUGUUUUUGCGGGAAAACGGUCGUCACUUGACGUCUACCUGCCCAGUGAAACGGACAUUGCCUUACUCCGACUCUCCAUUGUGGUUCUUCAGCCAUUUGUUUAAAACUCUUACGAGCAACAUUGUGCGUGAAAGACAAAAGAAAGGGAGAAAGCGGUGCGUCGGCAGUCACGUCAACGAACGUGAACGUGAACGUGACACGAUCAAAGGGAACUGAAACAAAAACGAUGAGUCAAGUCCAAAUGGAUUCGCCUCCGCUGAUGGAGUCAAUUGUCGGCACAGCAAACAGCCGGAUGGCCAGUCCAACUACGGCUUCUGCUUUACCCGCCUUAUUGCAUCUUCAAGUCCCGCCGGCCAGCACAACUUCCGCCACCAAAAAAUCCAAUUUCAGCAUUUCAAAUCUGUUGGCGACGGAAGAGCAGAAGAAGACCAGUGAUGGCAAACACGCCCGACUGAGCGAAAGAGACGAGAAUAGAGACACUAGUCCAGAAAUCAAUCAUCAGUCAAAGGCUGUCAACGAUAGGAUCGUGAUUCAACAGCCGUCAAUCGGAUCACCGUUCAUCAAUGCAUCGGCGCUGGCCCAUUUGGCUCAUCUUCAUCACGGAUCGAACGCUCCGACGUCUUCCUCGUCUUCCAACUCGGCAUCGGCGAUGACCGGCUGGCCAGAUUGGCUGGGAACAGCCGGACUGGCACCGGAUGCUCAUCAAUCGCUAUGGUCUCGCUUGGGGAUCUUAUCGCACUUGUCACUACGGCCGUCUGCUCACCAUCCGUCGGCCGGAUCGGCUGCUGGGACAUCACCAUUCCCGUACGGGGCUGCAAGUCCAGCCGAGUUUGCCAGUAAUCUCCAACACUUGCAACAUUUGCAUAGCGUCCAGCAGCAGAUCGCAGCUGCAGCGGCAGCUUCCAGCUACUGGACGUCCUUAAAGAGUUCGGCUCUUUCGGCCUCCGGCAACGGAACUUCUCGAGACGGGCCGGCCAGCAUGGAACAUCAUCAUCACCACUUGCCCUCAUCGUGGCGUUACGACCAACACGGUCCGCCACUGUCCAGCAGUCCAUUGUCCCUAACGGGCAAGGCAUACAACCUGGCCAUGAGCGGAAUGGCGGCGAUGGAUCACGCCAACAAAUCGCCAAUCCAUCCUUCCUCAUCCACACCGUCUAUUGCCGUCAACAAGCGGAAACGAUCGAGUGGGAGCGACGAUGUCGACGACGCUGACCGGUGCCACAAUUCGUCCGCUUCCUUCAAUCACGACGAUGACAAUUUCUCUGACGCUGAUAGCAAAAUCGACGUGGGCGGAGUGGACGAUACGGAUGAUAACAAUUCGGUGCAUUACAUGAUGAUGGAAGAGGAAGAUGGAUGUUGCGAGGCCACCGGAUCGAACGCGGAUUCUGACGCAGAACGGGACGAUCAUUUGCAUCACCACCGCCACGGCCAUCACCAUCACAACAACAACAACAACAACAUCAACAAUAACGGCAGUAAAGGCAAAGGUUGUUCUUCGUCUUCAUCGGCCACGGACGCGGGACACGGACAGCACCAGCAGCUGCACAACAGCAGCAGCGGGUCGGGCCAUUCGGCCGGCAGUAACAGCAAACGCAAGAAGAAGACGCGCACAGUUUUCUCCCGCAGUCAGGUGUUUCAACUGGAAUCGACUUUCGAUAUGAAACGGUACCUGUCCAGCUCCGAACGAGCCGGCCUAGCCGCGUCGCUCAGCCUGACGGAGACUCAGGUGAAGAUUUGGUUCCAAAAUCGACGCAACAAAUGGAAACGCCAAUUGGCCGCCGAACUGGAAGCGGCCAAUAUGGCGGCCAACAUGGCGGCGGCGGCGGCCGCGGGACAUCAGCGCAUCGUCCGCGUGCCGAUCCUCUACCACGAGAACAGUGGGGUGGCGAGCAACACCAAUUCGACAGUCAACGCGUCAUCCAACAUGACCUCUUCAGGCUCAUCUUCGUCGUCGGCUCAUCAUCUGCGUCAUCCGAUUGGAGCCAACACGCCCACCAGCGUGACGCCCAAUUCAUGCGGCCACAACGGCCAGGUGAAUUACAGCAACAGCAAAAGCCAAUCAUCGCCGCUGCUAUCGCCGCAACAACAACAACAACAGCAACAGCAAAACGGCAAUAACAACAGCAGCAAUGGCAACAUGGCGGCUCCUUCGGUUUCGUCGAGCGUCGCGUCUGCGCAGCAGCAAUUGCCUUUCUCCUCUCUGUUUUACACUCACGCAGCGGCGGCGGCAGCGGCGGCCGCUGCCGCAUCGCUUUACAAUAACAGCAGCAGUGCGAGCAGUAGCGGCAGCAGCGUCGGCUCAAUAUCGUCGACCAAUCAGGUUGCAGGCGUUCACCAUCUUCACCACCAUCAGCACAACCCGCAUCACGUCACGGCAGCUGCAGGCAAUUCGUCACGAUCUCCGCUCAGUGGCAUGGUCUGAUUGGCUUGCACGCACUGACACUGACAAACAAGGAAAUGUCCUACCGUGUCCUACAUUUUCCCGAAAACAAGAUGGGGGGAAGGCGGGGGGAUGUCAUUUGAUAUUGCGUUAUUGAUGAGGGCAACGUGAACGAUCGUAGGCAUGUCCCACCAGACGUCGUUGUCUAUUUUUACUCUCAAUGACGUGCCCACCUUUUUGUUUUCUUAAAAAUAGUCAUUCGUAUGUUUUGUUCGCAUCUGGUUCGAUUUCUACGUGGAUUUGUCGUCAAUCAAGUCUUUGAACGUAUCGCUUUCCUUCCACGCCCCCGUACUCGCGUCAUGUUUUGUAUUAUGAAUUAUUAUAUAGCCGUUUUGUUUGUGUGCGUGUGUCUGUGUGCUCGGUCAGCUGUUGGAUGUUUUUGAUUCAACGAUUUUUCCGUUUCGAUUCAUCCACCCUGUUGUGCUAAGUCGGUUGCAAUUGUCUCGUCCCUAUUUUCUUUUCCAUAUUUUCGACGUGUUUGUUGGCUGUUUUGCUUUUCUUUCUCCUCUUCACCAUGGCUCGGCUACUUAACAUGUCAUUGUUAAUAUAUCGCGUGUCUAUAAACACCCUCGCAUUAUAUUAUACUGGCCAUGAGAAAUAAUUAAACAAAUGAAACUCAAA